AGGUUUUCUGGAUGGAAGCCCGUGGUGGAAGAGUGCGGCUAGGGUUUCUCUUUGCAUACUUCUUCUCUCCGCGCCACCAAAACCCUAGCUUUCUGCUGCCCCGUGAGACUUCUCGUCUCCGAUUCUUCUAGUGCUUCUUAUGGAGAUCGCGUUGGGGAGGCUACUGUUCUAGUUACGAGAUUCCACUGCUGCCGCGCUGAGGCAGGCGCUCGAGAGGACCCUCUGUGGAGAUGGCCACCGCGAACCCCUUCGAUCUCCUCGGAGACGACGACAAUGAUGACCCGUCGCAACUCAUCGCCGCUCACCAGCAGAAGAUGGCGGCCAAGAAGCCUGAUGCGCCAGCCUCCGCCGCCGCUUCCCCGGCAGCGGCGAAGCUCCCCGCUAAACCAGUUCCGCCUGCUCAAGCCGUGAGGGAGGCGAGAGAAGCGAGGAACAAUGCUGCACCAGCACGUGGCGGGACUGGGCGAGGUGGGUUUGGACGUGGCGGGCUUGGACGCGGAAGAGGUGGUCGAAGUGGAGGCCUUGCCCCUAAUCGUGACUUCGGGAAUGAUAAUGCCAACGGUUUCUCCGGGGGAUAUGGGGGUGGAGGCGAAGACGUUGAAGCUGAUAAACUUCAAGAGAAGGAACGACCGCCACGCCAGCCAUUCGGUGGCGGCCGACGUGGUGGAUUUCGGGGUCGUGGUGGCUAUGGGAAUGACGAAUCUGGAGGUGACUCUGAACGCUCACCGCGUAGGUUGUAUGAGCGGCGGAGUGGCACUGGCCGUGGUUAUGAGAUGAAACGCGAUGGAGCAGGUCGUGGUAACUGGGGAACCGUAGCUGAUGAAACUCUUGCACAGGAAAAGGAUGAGGUGCUAAACUUUGAUGAUAAAAUGCUUGUUACUGAGAAACAGCAAGAACAGGAGAAGACACCAGCAACCGAGGAGAGCAAGGAAAACAAGGAGGGUACAACCAAUGAGGCAGAAGAAAAGGAAGAGGAUAAGGAGAUGACUUUGGAAGAGUAUGAGAAAAUAAGGGAGGAGAAACGGAAAGCCUUGCUUGCAAUGAAGGCUGAGGAGAGGAAAGUUGAAAUUGACAAGGAGUUGCAGUCUAUGCAGCAACUCUCAACAAAAAAAGAAAACGACCCUAUCUUUGUUAAGUUGGGUUCUGACAAGGACUUUGGGAAAAAGAAAGAAAAUGCUGAUCGUGAUGAACGCAGCAAAAAAUCUUUAAGCAUCAAUGAGUUCUUGAAGCCAGCCGAAGGAGGAAGGUACUACAGUCCAGGUGGCCGCGGACGUGGUAGGGGGAGAGGUGAUCGUGGACCACUCAGAGGUUCGUAUGGCGGUGGGGGUUCCAGCUUCGCAGCAGCUGCUGCUCCAUCAAUCGAAGAUCCUGGACAGUUUCCCACGCUUGGUGGGAAGUAGAGGGGAGAGUAACUUAACCGAAUCAUGCCUAAAUCUGCCAGCAUCGCCAUCACCCAACUUCUUAAUCUAUGAGUUGGCAAACUUAAUGAACAACGAUGUGUCUGUUCUUUAUUUUACUUCUUAACUAUGUAUAUCAGAACUGCCUUGUCAACAGUACUCUGCAAUUAUGUUUGUGCCGAACAUUUCUACAUGCUGUUAUUUCCUAAAACAAUUUUGAUCAUACCCCACCUUAAUUCCAA